AUGGACGAGGGGGGCACGCCCCUGCUCCCCGACAGCCUCAUCUACCAGAUCUUCCUGAGCCUGGGACCCGCAGAUGUGCUGGCCGCCGGGCUGGUGUGCCGCCAGUGGCAGGCCGUAUCGCGUGAUGAGUUCCUGUGGAGGGAGCAGUUCUACCGCUACUAUCAAGUGGCCCGAGACGUUCCCCGACACCCAGCGGCCACGUCCUGGUACGAGGAGUUCCGGCGGCUCUAUGACUCAGUGCCCUGUGUGGAGGUGCAGACGCUGCAGGAGCACACAGACCAGGUCCUGCACCUCAGCUUCUCCCACUCAGGGUACCAGUUUGCCUCCUGCUCCAAGGACUGCACGGUGAAGAUCUGGAACAACGACCUGACCAUCUCCUUGCUGCACAGUGCGGAUAUGAGGCCCUACAACUGGAGCUACACCCAGUUCUCCCAGUUCAACCAAGACGACUCGCUGCUGCUGGCCUCAGGUGUGUUCCUGGGGCCGCACAACUCCUCGUCCGGUGAGAUUGCUGUCAUCAGCCUAGACUCCUUCGCUCUGCUGUCCCGGGUGCGAAAUAAGCCUUACGAUGUGUUUGGCUGCUGGCUCACGGAAACCAGCCUCAUCUCGGGGAACCUGCACCGCAUUGGCGACAUCACUUCCUGCUCUGUGCUAUGGCUCAACAAUGCCUUCCAGGAUGUGGAGUCGGAGAACGUCAAUGUGGUAAAGCGGCUCUUCAAGAUCCAGAACCUCAAUGCCAGCACCAUCCGCACGGUGAUGGUGGCAGACUGCAGCCGCUUUGACAGCCCCGACCUCCUCCUGGAUGCUGGUGACCAGGCCACACCCCCCUGCCGUGUCUUUGACCUGGGCUGCAACAGUGAGGAUGAGGCGGCUGGCCCUGUGCUGCGUGCCCCAGGCCAUGCCAAGGAAGGCCUGCGGCGCGCACUGGAUGGCAUGCUAGAUGGGCACACGCAGCUGUCGGAGCGCACACUGGAGACCAGGGUGGCUGAGCUGCUGGCCCAGGGCCACACCAAACCCCCCGAGCGCAGUGCUGCCAGGAACAAGUACCUCAUCUUCACCACUGGCUGCCUCACCUACUCACCGCACCAGAUAGGUAUCAAACAGAUCCUGCCGCACCAGAUGACCACGGCAGGGCCCGUGCUGGGGGAAGGCCGGGGCUCCGAUGCCUUCUUUGACGCACUGGAUCAUGUCAUCGAUGUGCACGGGCACAUCAUUGGUAUGGGGCUGUCCCCCGACAACAGGUACCUGUACGUGAACAGCCGAGCCUGGCCACCUGGCUCUGUGGUGGCCGACCCCAUGCAGCCACCACCCAUUGCAGAGGAGAUUGACCUCCUGGUGUUCGACCUCAAGACCAUGCGGGAGGUAAAGCGGGCCCUGCGUGCACACCGUGCCUACACGCCCAACGACGAGUGUUUCUUCAUCUUCCUUGAUGUCAGCAGGGACUUUGUGGCCAGUGGGGCAGAAGACCGACACGGCUACAUCUGGGACCGCCACUACAACAUCUGCCUAGCCAAGCUGCGGCACGAGGAUGUGGUCAACUCGGUGGCCUUCAGCCCCCAGGAGCAGGAGCUCCUGCUGACUGCCAGUGAUGACGCCACCAUCAAAGCCUGGCGCUCGCCCCGCACCAUGCGUAUCUUCCAGGCCCCACGACCCAGACCCCGGCCCUUCUUUUCCUGGUUCGCCAGCCACAGGCGCUGAGGGCAGUGCCCAUGAGCUGUUGGGACUCACAGGGCGACGGGCCCAUGGUUCUUUCCUGAGUGGGCAGAGCAGCUUACAGCAGCAGAGCCUCAGAACAGGGUGCCAGCCCCUGCACGCCAAGCACGCAACUGUUCACGCGUCAGGUUUAGCACCUGGUGGCCGCUGAGUGCGGCACCACACUCCCAUGCCAGCCUCGUGGUGGCUUGGGGUGCACUGGACACUGAGGUCUCACCUCCCACCUACCCUCCCCUGGCUGGAGGGUCACACAACCCCGGGCCAGUUGGCCAGCUACUUGGCACAGUCAGCUCAACCUGCACCUUGGGGUCCUGAGCACGGGAUGGCAGCCUGCUGGCAGCAGCAGACUGGGGCCCUGGGAUGCAGCUCAGCACCAGCAAGCAGUGCCAGCGGGUGUGGGCUGCCACGGAAACGUGAGCGUGCGCACUUGCUGCUACGCAGACCUAAAUAAAGAGCUGACCACAGCACGCA